AUGGACGAUCUUUACGACGAGUUCGGUAACUACAUUGGAGAAGCUGCGGAGUCCGACGAGGAAGCCCAGCAUGAGGAGGUCAACCCCCAAGCCUUCGCCUUUGACGAGGCUUUUGGAGAUGACGAUGAGGAGGAGGAUCACGAAGCUAACGACCAGCAAUUGAUGGAGGUAGACGAAGGACCCUCCAACGCUGUUAUUUUACACGAAGACAAGCAGUACUACCCAAGCGCACAACAAGUGUACGGAGAGGAUGUGGAAACGUUGGUGCAGGAAGAAGAUACGCAAGCUCUGUCGGAGCCUAUCAUCGCGCCGGUGCAACAAAAGAAGUUCGCGAUCGAAGAAGCGGAAUUGCCCCCGGUAUACUUUUCGCGCGAGUUUAUGACAGAUCUCCUGAAUUUCCCGGAUCAAAUAAGGAACGUCGCGAUUGUCGGUCACUUGCAUCACGGAAAGACCGCGUUCAUGGACAUGCUUGUCAACCAAACACACGACCUGAGCGAACGCCUGGAAAAGCGAGCGGGUACGCGAAAGGAGGAGCAAUUGCGGUACACCGACGUCCAUUUUCUGGAAAGAGAACGGGGCCUCUCUAUCAAGUCAGCUCCCAUGAGCUUGGUUCUGCAAGGCACGAAGGGGAAGUCUCACCUGUUCAACAUCUUGGAUACCCCGGGACAUGUCAACUUCGUGGACGAAGUGGCUUCCUCUGUCAGACUCGCUGACGGUGUGGUGCUCGUCGUUGAUAUCGUGGAAGGUGUCCAGGCCAACACCGAGCAGAUCAUCAAGCAUGCGGUGCUAGAAGACAUGCCCCUGACCUUGGUUGUGAACAAAAUGGACAGAUUGAUUCUAGAGCUGAAAAUCCCCCCUAACGAUGCCUACUUCAAGCUCAAACAUGUGAUUGAGGAGGUGAACACCGUUAUUGAGAACGUUCUACCCGGUCAAGGCGAGAAGAAGCGACUGAGCCCCGAGAGGGGAAAUGUUGCUUUCGCGUCUGCCUCCAUGGGCUGGUGCUUCACUCUGCAGUCUUUCGCCAAAAUGUAUGCGGAGACGUAUCCUCAGAUUGAGACUUCGGAUUUCGCGCUGCGGUUGUGGGGAGACAUCUUCUUUAACCCCCGAAGCCGAAAGUUCACCCGCAAGGGUGUCGAAGAGAACUCCAAGCGGAGCUUCGUCAAGUUUGUUCUGGAGCCCAUCUACAAACUCUACUCCCAUACGAUAAGUGAGAGCCCAGAGGAUCUGAAAGAAACCCUGGCCACCGUUGGUAUCAAUUUGAAGCCUUCACAACUCAAGUCGGACGCGAAGGUACUGCUCAAUCUCGUGUGUGAGCAGUUCUUCGGCCCUGCGACAGGAUUCGUGGACAUGAUCAACCAACAUGUGCCCUCUCCAGUCGAAGGCUCUACGAGGAAACUAGAGAGAUACUACACCGGUCCACUCGACACGAAGGUAGCAAACGCAAUGACGGCAUGCAGCUCGGAUGGCCCACUGGUCAUUCACGUCACAAAGCUCUUCAGCAGUACAGAUGCAUCCACCUUCAACGCUUUUGGACGAGUAAUGAGUGGAACGGCCCAGCCUGGCCAACAAGUUCGAGUCCUGGGAGAGGGUUACACCCCGGAGGAUGAGGAAGAUAUGGUGAUUGCAACGAUUACUGAUACUUGGAUUGCUGAGACAGCCUACAACAUUCCCACCAGCGGUGUCCCGGCGGGUAACUUCGUUCUCUUGGGCGGCGUGGACAACUCGAUUGUGAAGACGGCGACUCUGGUUCCGCUCAAACUGGAGGAUGAUGAGGAAGCUCACAUCUUCAAACCCAUUCGGCAUAUGACGGAGUCGGUGUUCAAGGUUGCAGUGGAGCCGGUGAACCCAUCCGAACUGCCCAAGAUGCUGGACGGCCUUCGCAAGGUCAACAAGAGUUAUCCACUGAUCUCAACGAAAGGAGCGGGCGAGCUCUAUAUGGAUUGUGUGCUCCACGACCUUCGGCGGCUUUACUCAGAAAUGGAAAUCAAGGUGUCCGAUCCUGUAACACGGUUCUGCGAGACUGUGGUCGAGACGUCAGCCAUUAUGUGCUAUUCCAUCACGCCAAAUAAGAAGAACAAGAUCACAAUGAUCGCAGAGCCGCUGGAUGACGGCAUUGCGGAAGAUAUCGAAAGUGGACGAGUCAGCAUCAAGGAUCCCAUCCGCAAAGUAGCCCGGUUCUUCGAAGAGAAGUAUGACUGGGACAAGCUCGCGGCACGGAGCAUCUGGGCCUUUGGGCCGGAUGAAAUGGGUCCCAACAUAUUACAGGACGAUACGUUGCCGUCACAGAUCGACAAGAAGCUCCUUGGGAGCGUACGAGACUCAAUCACGCAAGGUUUCAGCUGGGGUACAAGGGAGGGUCCUCUUUGUGAAGAACCAAUCCGGAACACGAAAUUCCGGUUGACCGAUGUUUCCCUCGCCGACCAAGCCAUCUACCGAGGCGGCGGUCAGAUCAUUCCCACGGCGCGCCGCGCCAUCUAUUCUUCAUUCCUCAUGGCCUCUCCUCGCUUGAUGGAGCCUAUUUACUCUUGCACAAUGACGGGACCCGCGGAUGCUGUCGCAUCGGUGUACACUGUGCUCUCACGCAGAAGAGGCCAUGUUCUCUCCGAUGGACCGAUUGCGGGAACUCCACUCUAUUCCGUCCGUGGCCUGAUUCCGGUCAUCGACUCAUUUGGGUUUGAGACGGAUCUGCGGAUCCACACUCAAGGACAAGCCUCGGUGAGUCUUGUCUUUGACAAAUGGAGUGUCGUUCCCGGAGAUCCGCUGGAUCGUGAGGUCAAGCUGAAGCCACUGGAGAUGGCACCGGCGAUGGCCACGGCUCGAGACUUCGUGCUCAAGACAAGAAGACGAAAGGGAUUGGCGGAAGAUGUUACGGUCAGCAAAUUCUUGGAGCCUGAGCUCUGGAAGGGAUUGAAGGAGAGCGGCGUUCUGGAUUCAUAA